UGAGCGAUGCGCCGGGCCGAAUGUCGCGAGGAUUUAUUGGAGGCUGGAUAAGACAGCAGAUGAUGUCUACGCGACAACAAUAGCCUGUGUCUAUCUACAUUAUUUGUUACAUGCUACAUAUUUUUGCAUUGCAUUAUUCUGUGCCGUACGGGAGAGUUGCGCGGUGUGCAGGGCAAGAGCCAGCGUCACCAUCGCACCCAACCUGGGAACUUUGAGGUCAGUCGAUACAUCCAGUACCCAGUACCUCUUACCUCUUCAUAAAGAAAUCCCUUAUCGCAACAUCUCGAAUCCUGACGAUACCUUCAACGCCGUCCCUUGAUACAUAAGUCAGCAAACAACCUGUAAUCCGUAACCGCGCUUUUCUCUCUUUCAUGAUCCUAGCACCAAGCUCGCGUGCAACGUUUCGAAGUUGCAUGAACAAAGAAAAUCAUGGAGGAAGCGACCAAGACGAUUGAAACAUUAGUUAAAAACAUCUUGCCCUUCAAAGCACAUUACCUAUCACUUGAUACGACGCGACGAUACAGGGAACAGACAGAUGACAAGAGGUUAGAAGAACAAGUCAUCAGGCCUCUCCAAUACACCACAUUUAUUAGUGACGCCGAGCGUGGGAUUCUCCUUACGAGAGCCUACUUCGACGUCCGAGAAGAACCUGUAAACCCUGCCAAUGCGACAGAUACCCCGACACCCAAGAAAACCGACCCUAAUAAACCUAAGACGAAGCUGUCCUUGAAAGAUUAUAAGAAUAAGAAGAAGUCCCCUGACGGCGAAGAGCCGCCUAAACCACCUGCGCAGCCUACCAAGGCGAAUGCGCCUGCAAAGAAGCUGCCGGAUCCGGUAGUAAAUGAUAUGGACGACCACCGUGAUGGCAGGAGGGGGCUGCCCGACAUGAAAGCUAGCUUGAAGGCUGAGGCGCGUCGUCAUCGUAGCCCUUCGCCGGAGAGGAAAAAACGAUUUGCAGAAGUCGACCAAGAUUCCAAGCCGGCGAAGCGAAGUAGAGUUGAGAAUGCUACGCCCAACUCCGUGAGCUCACGUACUAUCAAAGAUCACACGCCGCAAAAGUCUGAGCGGCUGAUCUCGUCGGAAAAGAAACUGACCAAAGACUCGAAAACUCUACCUAUGACCAAUGGAAGAUCAGCACUAGCAAGUACAGCGCACAAAGGAAUCUCUCCCAAGCCUGGCGCUCAUAUAAACGGAACCCAGAAACUCUCCAAAAACAGAGACAUGACAGACAAGAAGACAGAGAGCAAUUCGAAUUCGAAGGCGCCCUAUGUGCCGCCUUUACUAUCUCCCAUAGAUAUGUCGGAUUAUAUAGAUGAUGAUCCUAAAACAACACGCCCUAUCCCCAAGAAGAAGCCGGCGGACUCAAACAACCUAAAGUUACCCCCAAAGAAGAGUCGGGAAGAUCGUGAUCCAUCUCCUAGUCCCAAGAAGCGCAAAAUCCCACCGCUUCUAUCCCCGACACUCCCACCCAUUGUACUCGAAGAAUUAGCAAGGACGAACAAAUCUACCCCAUCAAAGGACAUCAAGGAAUCGAGUCAAAGAAGCAGUCAAUUUUCGGACUCUCCUAAUGGCCAGAAGAAAGCAGCGAAGCCUUCAAAGCGCGAAGAAACCAUCCAUGUGGACAGCAACAAAGGACAGCGGGAUUCGCUCAUAGUUACAUUGAAGUACAAGAAACGAAAUGCGAAAACUGUAGAACGGCUCUUGGCCUUGCCUCCAGUUGGAAAGAAGAAGAGCGAUCUACUCAAAAAAGAAGAGCGUAUGGCUCGCGACCGUUCCGACAGCUUAGAACCCGGCACCGCACGUAAGCGACCGAUUCCCGCGAUAGAUGCUAGCGAAGCGAUCAAACGACCGAAGACCUCAGAAAAUACACGCCCUACAACACCACCGAGACAAUCAUCAGCAAUGACACGAGUCGCGUCUAAUAGCUCCCAAGCCGGUACUCCGGGGGUUACAAACGGUUUCACACCUGCCGCGCAACCGCCUGAACGACGGCGCCCGCCUAUUGACCCAGAGAAGUUGCAGAGGCUACAGUCACGGUCUACAAAUAUAAUACAAAUUGCUAUCAAAUUAAAACAUGAACGAGAUGCGGUUUUGAAGAGGCAAACGGAUGGGAUUGCGGAGCGCGAUCGUCAAGUUGCUAUUGCCGCUGGUAUUCAGUGCUUGGUUUCAUUUUUAUUCGGCUUUAAACUACAGAGCGAUGCUGCUGAGAUAGAACGUAAACCGGGCUCGAUACGGUCACUAAGGGAGUUACUGGCUCUAUUUAGAGUGACGAGGACUGAUUGUGCUAGGCACAAUGCCUUGACUGCGCUGAUCUUGCGCCUUCAAGGUAUUUGUCUUGUACACAUUGGCCGCGUAGUGUGGUCAUAUCCUCACGAUCAAGAGUUUGCGAAUCUAAUGCUCACUAAUAGUAAGGAUCAGCAAGAGACUUGGCGACAGGCUGAUAGCGCACGCAGAGCCAUGGGUAUAUACGACGGGGGCUCUAAAUCAGAUGACGGGGGCUCGAUAGGCAAGCUUAUCGACCGACUCGGACCAUGGACGACACCCGAAGAAGCUAUACCGAUCACCCUCGAAGUUCUAAGAAAGGUUAUGCAGUCGAAUAGCUCAUGGAAACCAGUCGACGCCCUUACCAGAAUCGGACACUCGUCAACGAACGGAACUACCACCUCAAUCUGAAGCUAGGGUCGGUGCCACCACACAAGAUAUACGGCGUUUGCGGUGGUGCCAACCUGCAUUCUAAUGUAUAUUAUGAACCAUGAUUCCUAUGAUACGAUACCAGAACACUUUAUUAUUUCCGCGUCUGCAACAAUCCUUCUUAGUUUGGGUAUCAGGGAUGUGAAGACAUGGUCGAGGGCGACCUGGA